AGGAGAGAGAGAGAGAGAGAGAGAGAGAGAGAGAGAGAAGGAGGGAUUGCGAGGCUGCAGCACACACACACCUGCAGCACACAGGGAUCAUCCUCAUCCCAGGCAGCAUCUGGAUAAGGAGCAAGGGGCUGACUCCUACUGGGAGAGGAAAAUUGGAAGCACUUAGCCAUAAAUUCACAUCCAGACCUUGGCAGAGGGGACCCCUGUAUCACCGUCAUGCCUCUAUAGUCCCCUGUACUCUAAGCUCCCACUGUCACUGGGGAACAGCGGAGCACCCCUGGGGGGGAUAAACUUCCUACACAGCACCCUGACAGGACAAUAGUGGGGGCUGCACCUAUAGGGGCCCCUAUUGCUGAGUUUGUGAAUUGCCUCCAUGUUUCUGCUGCUGGCUACUGGUUCCGUUAGGAUCGGUGUCCACCAUGUGUAACCUAACUGAUAACGUAUGUCCGAUUCCCAGCGCCCACCUUCCUUCUUCCUGGAAUUUCACUUCCAUUCAUAUGAAUGUGUCUAAAACUUCAGGAAGAAGAACAGAAGAAAUUCUUGAGUUCUAGGACUAUGCAGAGAACAGAAUGGUGUCAGCCAAGGAGACCGAUAUGUAUGAUGCCAUUUUGGAAACUAAUGAUGGAUCGAGCACUGAUGCUGGCUGGUACUUCCCGUACCCAUUGGGCUUCCAAGUCUCCCUUACCAGCUUCCUUAUGCUGGAGAUUGUGCUGGGUUUUAGCAGCAACUUGACAGUACUUGUGCUCUACUGUAUGCAGUCCAAUCUGGUGGACUCUGUGAGCAACAUGGUGACUAUGAACCUCCAUGUUCUGGAUAUCAUCAUCUGCGUCAUCUGUGUCCCACUGACCAUAGUCAUUAUCUUGAUUCCAUUAGAGCAAAACAUUGCUUUGGUCUGCUGCUUCCAUGAGGCAUGUGUCACCUUCAGCAGCAUCGCAACAGCAAUCAAUGUUCUGGUGAUCAGUUUAGACAGGUACGAUAUCUCUGUGAGGCCCGCUAAUCGGGUUCUUACCCCAAGCAGGAUGGUGCUACUACUCUCCUGUGUCUGGUUUGUCUCCCUCAUGGUUUUCUUCAUUCCUUUCUUCGAGGUGGAGUUUUUUGGUGACCCUGAUCAUAUGGCCACAUGGCAAAACCGGACUUUGCUCUGCGUGAGUGUCAAUGAGUAUCACACAGAGCUGGGAAUGUACUACCAUCUGGUGAUCCAAAUUCCUAUCUUCUUCGCAGCUGUGGCCGUCAUGCUUGUCACCUACACUAAAAUCCUCCAGGCCCUCAACAUUAGGAUUGGAAACCACUUCAAGAGAAGCCAGCGUCGGAAAACCAAGAAAAGAAAGAAGAGGAAACCAUCCGACCAAAGCACCAUGGGGGAGACCAAGAGACUGGCCCCACCGCCAGUUAUCCAGAACCCACCCAUGAGGGUACAGGCUUCCGUCUCUGUCAUCAUUGCCUUGAGGCGGGCAGUAAAACGUCACCGGGACCGCAGAGAACGUCAAAAACGUGUCUUUAGGAUGUCUCUUAUAAUAAUCACCACCUUUCUGCUCUGCUGGGCUCCUAUUUCCAUUGUGAACCUUCUUAUCCUCUGUCUGGGGCCCAGUGAUCUUCUUGUGAAGUUACGAAUCUGUUUUAUCACCAUGGCCUAUGGUACUACCAUUUGUCAUCCUCUAUUGUAUGCCUUCACUCGGCAGAAGUUCCGCAAUGUCUUGAAGAACAAGAUGAAGAAAAGGGUAGUUUCAGUGUUGCAAGUAGAUCCUGCUCCAGGAGGGACUGUUAUACACAACUCAUGGAUAGAGCCCAAGAAAGGCAGGAAAGCCAAGCUAGAGUGUAGUGAUGGUACUGACCGAUGUUUGACAGAUGCUGUAAAGGAAUGAUCUUAUCUGUGUCAGACUCGGUAAAACAUGGACCCUUUUAUGGCAGCGGGAUAACGGUGUAUGCUAGUGCACAAGUUGUGCUGGAUUUGAAAUCUUUAUACAUAUGAGGCGUCAAGGGAAUGGCAUAGAAUAAUGGUGGGUAACCCAUGAAUAUAACCUUUCUCCAUGAAAGUCAGCACUGCCAUCUUACCUCUGUGGCCUGGCUUGCCGCAAGUCCAUCCAGCCCAUCCGGUCCAGGAUGGAUUAAACCAGGUGAUCUUUUUGUUUCUUCUAUAUAGGGGUACGCACAGUGAUUUACGAGUCAUUGUGUCAGUUUUUCAUGACAUGGGUCAACAACGUUUUUACGACAAUAGUGAGUAGCGAAGCAUGCCUUGGAGUCUCAAGAGUCAUCAUAGAUCUCUUAUAUCAGCAAAUCUGUAAUCUGACAUAUAAUUAAUUUAAAAAAAAAGAACAGAAACGGACAUACUUUCAAAAGGAGGAACAGUCGAGAAAAACUUGUAUUUUUCUACAAAUACUAUAAUUGGUUUUAGUUCAUUACUACUGCAGCCAUGACCUGUAUAUUUAAGACUGUAAUAUAAUAGAAAAAUGAAUAAUUGUUUUAUAGUUAAGGAAAUAAGUUGUAGGUUGUAGUGUCUAAAUAUUCUGCCUAUCUUCAAAUGACUUUGCCUUUCUGGGGACACUUUAGUAAGCGAAACGUGCAUUAGUUUGCACAAGAUUUCUCUCCACAAAUGAUAUUAAAUGUAUUCUUCCACUUUUUCGUAAAAAAAAGAAAAAAGACAGAACGAAAAACAAAUAAAGUUAAUGUGUAAUCUUCCAUUUUAUUAAGGCAUUCAAAAUAGCGGUAGUGGUGACUUGCGCCAUGUGUUUUGCAGCACGCCCAGAUACAGGAAGCUAUGAAAUUGUGGACGGUUUGCUAUGCCUAAAUGUCUCAUUUGUGUGGUACAUAUUUGUCACUUGAUUAAAGCACAAAUAGAUUUAUGUGUCGAUGAAAUAAUGAUGUUAUCAACGCAAAACAAAAUAACAAUGCAAAGAAUCCUGAGCUAAGGAUGUAAAAGCCACAGUUUGUAAUUUCUUUCAAGCAAAGCAAGCAUCUUGUCCUACACCGUGUGGGCAGCCAUUUUGUGGGCUGCUGUCAAUAGUAUCACAAAUAUUAGUCAGGCCUCAUAAAUAUUAGUCAGGCCUUGUGAAUAUAAGUCAUUAAGUGCCUCAGUAAUGUCAAUGAUUCCUACGUAGACUGUUUUUUCCUAAGUAUUAGUAUUGACUACAACAUGGCUGCCUGCAAGGCCUGAAAAACACAGGUACUUUUUAAAGGGGAGAUUUUUCAAAACUUCUAAAGAGAAAAAGCAGAGAUGUUGCCUACAGCAACCAAUCAGAUUAUAGUUAUCAUAUAUCUUGUACAGUCUAAAAAAAUAGCUAUUCUGAUUGGUUGCUAUGAGCAACACCUCCAUGUGUCAUUUUUGGAAGGUUUGGCAAAUCUCCCCGUAAAGCUUUUUUAAUGACAAGGUGCAGAGAGCCCACUUGCACUGUAACCCAAAGCAACCAAUCAGAUAUUAACUUAGAUUACUCUAUAGCAAGACUAAUUGAAAGCUAACAUCUGAUUUGCUGUUCCUGGCUACACUGGUGCUAUUUGCACUUUGUUAGAUACCAGGAACCUCCGGCACAGAUAUAUGUUUUUUUGCUGUUUCGGCAUUUCUGAUUUCAUACUGUAACUAGUUCUGUAACUGCCACCGGUAACACACAUUUUAUAGAGCAAAUACAUACAGUUUGCAGAUAAGUCAUUUUUUUAGCUACAAAAGGGUAAUGGUUGACUAAAAUAAAGCUUAUCAUUUAUUAUA